CUAUGAAGCUUACUCUGCGACGCUACUCCUGGGUGCUCAUGCUCCAGUUGGUCCUCUUGGGAGUGGACCUAGCCCUCAACUCGUUUGGACCGGCGCUGGCCAGAAACCGACUGCAAACAGCCAUAUGUUUCUUUGUCACCCAGGACGCCCUGAUCAUUGCGGAGUACCUGCUCUUCACCCUAGCACUGCACUCCACCUGUGUGUACCAGGUGGGCGCCUCCCACAUAAUCCUGCGGAACUGCAAGCUCUUCAUGGCCAGCACCACCAUCUACUUCCUGCUGUCCGCGUCUCAGCACUUCUGGAUCAUCUCCCAGUACCGCCAGCCGCCGGCCAAUGACGGUCAGCAUUGGCCGUUGGGUCUGAUUGCCUUGUCAGUGGCACAGCGCAUUGUGUCGGUUUUCUACUACUACAGCUCCAAGUCGACGGCCCUCACCAUGGCGGAUCCCCGCUUCAAGGAGGAACAUCUGGACUGGAUAGCAGAGCAGCUUGGCGAUAAGUAAUGAAGUGUCGAUUGCAGCCUAGAAGUGCAGCGUAUGUCAGGAGCUCAAAAUAAAUACAAUUUAAAUAUGGAAACAUCUCAUAAAAACAGUUUGCAAAUAAUCAAGCUCUAUACUAUUAUAGUAUUCAUAUUUAAAACAAUUUAAAUGACUCGUAAAAGAUACAUAAGCCAAAAUACCCAAAAUUGCUCUUUGUUAUUAAGCAACAGCAAAGAAAUGCAAACUUAACGUGUACUAAAAUGAUCGAGUAUAUAGCUACCUACCUACAUUACUGAUAUGCUGAUCAAGUACACAUGUAUGCACAAUUUAGGGCUUGCUGAUAUCUUCUUCACUACUUUUCAGGCCUAAAGUCAUUCUGUCAAGUUGCCCUUGACAACCUUAAGGUUUAUGAAUUGAAACAAAUUGUAAUACAUUGUGAUUUAGUGUCAAAAAAUAUAGAGGUAAAUUUAAGCCUUACAUUAUAAGUUAGUGGAUCUACCACUCUUAGAAAAUCGUAUGAAAUUAUUUUGAUUUCCACAACAUAUAAGUUCAUGGAUAAUGGCCGUUUCCGGAAAAAGAAUAAUAAAGGUUGGUACAAUAAGACACGACUACAUUUCUCACAAAAAUCUAAGCAAAGGGAUAUUAAAUGUAUUCUUAUGAUUUCCCUGACUCAGAAAAUUAUAAAACUUAUUUUCCAUCACGCUGAAAUUUUUGCUAAAGAUAAUUGAAGGCAUUCUUCAAAAUAUCUCGUAAUUUACAAAUAA